AUGGCCAUGGCAAACCAGAACCUGGAUGCUCCUGGACUCCGAUGCUGCGAGGGCUUGCAAGGGUCAUUCGUCUGUAGCCACAUGCCAAAGCCAAGCUUGCAGCCCUGCGCGUUUGCCCUUGGGCUGUCAGAGCCGCUGGCUGGGUGGUACCUCUCUCCUCGCACCCCUCAAGCGGGCAUUGGCGCAGUGGGUCACCAGCUGCCCUCCAUCUUGGAGAGGAUGCUGGAAAAUGCCUCGGUACGGACACUGUUUGUCAGUGGCCUUCCUGUGGAUAUCAAGCCCAGAGAGCUCUACCUACUCUUCCGACCAUUCAAGGGUUAUGAAGGGUCACUGAUCAAGCUAACUUCAAAGCAGCCAGUUGGUUUUGUGACCUUUGACAGCCGGGCUGGUGCUGAAGCAGCGAAGAACGCCUUGAACGGCAUCCGCUUUGACCCAGAGAACCCCCAGACCUUGCGGUUAGAGUUUGCUAAAGCCAACACAAAGAUGGCCAAGAGCAAGCUGAUGGCCACACCAAACCCCACCAACAUCCACCCUGCCUUGGGCGCACAUUUCAUUGCACGGGACCCCUAUGACCUGACUGGAGCGGCUCUUAUUCCAGCGUCCCCAGAAGCAUGGGCUCCCUACCCACUCUACACCACGGAGCUAACCCCUGCCAUCCCCCAUGCUGCCUUCACAUACCCAGCAGCUGCCGCUGCGGCAGCUCCUGGGCCCCUUCAUUGCAAGAUGCGCUGGUAUCCUCCCUCUGAAGCUACCCAGCAAGGAUGGAAGUCUCGUCAGUUUUGUUAG